ACCGCACGAGACAAUUUGUUUAGUGCGUUUAUCCCAUCAGGUUUCGAUAAAACCAGCAGAAAAAUGGCCCUCGCUAAACCAAAAUCCGAGCUGACCCCGGAGGAGCUCGCCCGCCAGGAGGAAGAGGAAUUCAACACCGGCCCGCUGUCCGUGCUAACCCAGUCGGUGAAGAACAACACUCAGGUACUGAUUAACUGCCGCAACAACAAGAAACUGCUCGGACGGGUCAAAGCCUUCGAUCGGCACUGCAACAUGGUGCUGGAGAACGUCAAAGAAAUGUGGACCGAAGUUCCGCGGACCGGCAAAGGCAAGAAAAAGGUCAAACCCGUCAACAAGGACCGGUUCAUCUCGAAGAUGUUCCUGCGAGGCGAUUCGGUCAUCCUGGUGCUGCGAAAUCCGCAAGCCACCGCAGCAGGGAAGUAAAAUGUAAGCUCUAGAUCCGUAAGAUUUCUUAUUUUUUAAAGUAAAUGUGUAUUUCCACCCACUGAAUUGGAGAAUAAACUGAAUAAUAAUGGAAAAUCGUA